UGUUUACAGUUGUGCUUCAGCAUGAUCUUUCAUAUACUUCGUUGGAGUCACCCAUGUCAGACAACUCAUCUGUAUCAGUGUCAGAAGAUUUCUCGCCAUUAUCCUCUGAUUCAUCAGAUGCAACAGUGAUUGUUCAGACAAACGGAGGAAAGAGAACCCAUGCUGAACGGGAAUCUGCAAAAGAGAUGGUGAGAGAUGCUCUCCUGGCCAAACCGAGUGGACAGACUAUUUUGGAUGAAUAUGAUAAAAUGAAAACAUUAAUGGAUAGCACAAGGAGACAGUUGGUAAACCUUCUUGUGGCCGACAUGGUUGAAAUUCAUGGGAGGAGCCCACGUGUCUCUGUGCGAAGUAAAUAUGCUUUGGGCAUCAUCUCUAUAUUUCCCAGCCUCAGAGAUCCAUACUCAACUCAUACAAUGGAUAUGAACACUUCUAUGACCCACAGAGUGGAUCUGGCUACUUGGCCUGGAGGAUAAAGACUGUUCCACCAGCACACCCUAUCAAGAUAGUCCAAAGAGAAAGAGGGAGGUUCUCUGCACUGAUAAGCAACUGCUUGGUGACCACUGUCAUGAAGCAAUAUCCUUUUUGAAGCAUUCAACUGAUGAAUCAGCAAUCAAAGAGAAGAUGAGGGCCACUUUUCAGUACCGCCAAACACUGGUUCAAGAUCAGCAAUGCUCUUCGACAGUCUUGGAUGUCUUCCCACGAUUCCUCGACAUCACUGGCUUGAUUGACCAAGAUUUCACCAUGAUGUUUGGAGAGGAAGUGUCGGGCAGAUUUUUGGCAAAAUGGCCUAUUUUCAAACCGAGGAUCCUGACAGACUGCAAAAAACUGACUUCUAAUGAGCACAUUGAAGACCGCUUGUCUGUGCAGCACAACUCAGGCUGGGACAGUGACCUGUCAAGCAUUCUACUGUUGGUUCACUUGAUUCCCCCUACCUCCAAAGGCCACAAGAAGGGUGCUAAAAUCAGCGCAUGUCAAGCUGAGGACCAUGUUGUGAGAUAUUUGCAGAUUGGAGCCAGUGUUGAAACCUUCCUUGCUGGUGUGGAGCCGGGACAGCCCUUCCUCCUGUGUGUUGGUGAAAAGAAGAACAGCAUCCAAAGAUACUAUGUCGUCACUGAUCACAAGGCCAUCCCUUGCAAGGCACAGACAUCCCUAGCAGCUUUCGAUGAGCUCUUCAAAGCAUACUUCAUCUUCAGUGUCAACUACCAUGAAUCUCUAUUCAACUUCUAUACGUUCAUCCAAACCACAGUUUUUAACAUUGACGUGGGAAGUGCCAAGGAAAGUCCAAGAGUCAAGGAGCUAAGAGCAUGGUUUUUGUACGACGCUUGAGGUGACAAAUAUCCUUGGAUGCAAAUAUGUUUCUUUGUUAUGUCUGUAAGGCACACCACAAAAGUUCUACAUUGCUUUGUCAGCAUUUAAGAGUCCACCACAGUCUAUAUCCUGGAAAGAAUACAUUUGAAAUGUGGACAGCCGGGAUGUUGUUUAUCAUUUUGCACCUAUUCAGGUUUCAAGAAGCAUCUUGUUCAGUUCCAUACAGAUGUUGAUUUGACUAAUACUGCUGACAAUGUGGACACUCAGAAUGAAGUUGGUGAGCCCUCAACUUCACAGGCAGUCAGUACAGAGUCUCCAAUAACUACUGAGCUCUCUGUUGACAAUGAUCUUGUGUUAAACAUGUGUGCUUCUGUUGUAGCACAGUUGCAAGCAUCUGGUGUUGCUGAGGGCACAGUCCAAGCAUUGGUGGGUUCCAUGGAGGA